AUGGGACCGCUUCCUUUGCUACGGAUGCCUAACUUCUUCGGUGAUAGAGUAGAGACAAUUCCUAUUGACCCCUGGGGAACUCCCUUAAUCCCUACGGUUCUCGCGCUUCCUUCUAGCCGCUUCGCCUACGAAAAUGAAAAGCAAAGAGCUUCUUCGGGAAUUGAAACACCUUUUGAACCGAACUCCCUAGCCUAUGACGGCAUUCCCAUAGCUCUAUGCCUACCGUCUUUCCGGGUCACCUAUCAUUCACACCUGGUAAGUCGGGACCAUAUACCUCGGACAAUUCCUACCGCAUCAACAAAAAAACUAGCAUCUCGCAACGAGAAAAGCAAGACCGACCUCCGUAGAGCUAGAUUCGGUCAAAUGGUUACCACGCUUAACACUUGGAAUUGGAAGUGUGAUGGAGAUCUCGUUCACUCUUGA